AUGAACUGGCAAACCUACGACGUCGGUAUGCAGCUGAACCAAGCAAUGUUUGCUUCUGGCACCGACCAGACUGGCUAUGUUCUAAAGCCGGAUAGCCUACGAACAUCUCCCUCGCCUAGAAAAUUAGUUACGUUCACCGUGGAUAUCAUCUCUGCACAGCAACUCCCAAGACUACAAGGAAUGGGCCCCGAUGAUAGUAUUAACCCGUACGUUGAAAUUGAGCUGUUUUGCGCCGAUGACAAACGGAAAGGUCUCGCAUUCGGCGAAGGCGGUGUUGAUACUUCUGCUCGCAACGGCAUGUCUGGAAUCGGUCAACCCCACCGUCGUCGGACAAGGAUCGAGCAACAGAAUGGUUACAACCCGGUGUUUAACGACCAAUUCAAGCUGUCACUGGAGACGAAGUACCCCGACCUGGUCUUCGUCCGUUGGGUCGUCCGUAACUCUCCUGAUGGACGAAGUUUCGGCGGUAACAACAGCGUGCAACUUGCCACUUUUACCGCAAAACUCAGUAGCCUCUCCCAAGGAUACAGGUAUCUACCUCUCUACGAUGCAAGUGGUGAUCAAUAUCUGUUCUCAACGCUUUUCUGCAAAAUCACUAAAUCUGAUCCCGUUCCUGCUCAACGGGCCGGUUUCGAAGGCUGGAGAGGAGAUCAGAAAGGUAUUAUCAGGCAACUUAGACACACCUUGUCAAAACGCACAUCACCAACAGAAGGACAGGGAGAAGGACUGUGA